AUGGAAAAGAACAACACCAACGUCCACAACCACUCGGACAAGAAGCUGAAGCGCGCCGACUCGAUCGAGCUGUGCCCCAAGCACUACUUCUCGUUCCGCCGCCAGAUGUCGGUCAUCAACCACACGCCGUGCAACCUCUACAUCAUCCUCACCGUCGACCCCGACACGCUGGUCCUGCGCGGCGUCGGCGGCAACGUCGGGGCCGGCGUCGGCACCAACCCGCUGACCGUCCUGGGCGGCAAGGUUUCGGGCGGGGCCAACGUGCAGAUGGGCACCAGCAGCGUGCCGCCGCAAGUCCAGGGCCUGGCCGCCGGCGAGCGGGCCAACCUCUACAUGACCAGCAAGAAGGCCUACAUGUCAGUCCUGGCCAUGACCUCGGCCCCGACGCCCUACGGCGAUCUGGGCGGCCACGGCGACCUGCUCAUCCACAACCGGCUGGUCCGGUUCGGCAACAUCUUCCACGUCCUGUUCAAGCACAUGCAGCAGCCGGUCCAGCGCGACGUCGAGUACGACCUGGCCAACUACACCCUCACCAAGCGCGCUCAGGCCUCGUCGGCGAGCAACUGGUCGGCGUAUCCGGGCAAGGUUUCUGCAGGGCAACCGGUUGCUCAGCAACCUCCACUGCAACAGUCGACCAAGUUGACAGAGCCCCCGGCGCCGUUCGUGUGGAACGAUGAGCCGAAGCCGGCCGACAACAAGCCAGCCAUGGGCGACGGACAGGAAAGAGCCAGCGACAAGGGAUACCCGGCAGCCUACUACCAGACCGGCGCACCCACGCUUCCGCCGCCGUCGGCCUUCAUCCCGACGGUCGCGCCGGCGUGCUUCCAGUACAACCCCACCGGGCCGUUCACGCAGGGCCAGUCCUACUACGGCUGCGGCAAGGUCGAGUGGGCUCCGGGGCCGAUGAUGACGACGGCCCAGAUGCCAAUAGACCAGCCGCAAGGACCCUACCUCCAGUUCCCCGAGCCCCUCCCGUUCCCCACCACGGGCCUGCAAUACAACUAA